ACCAAGGCUUUCAGUCAUGGAGAAGAUUCUUGUAACCUUUUCUACCGGAGCUGCCUCCAUUGCUGUUCUUGCUGUUCUUUUCACCGUCCCAUCCCUCUACAACACCAUCAAUGAAGUUCACGAUCAGGUACUCGAUGGAGUCUCUGUUUUCCGUGUUGAGACCGACUCUGCAUGGACCGAGAUGAUGGACAUCCAGAUCACCGUUACCCCACCAACCAAGCCACGUGUCAACCCAUUCAACUCCGUCUUCCGUCAAAAGCGUCAAACUUUCUCUGGACUUCCAGCCUGGUGCCAAUGUGAGCCAACUAAGCCAACUUGCCCACCAGGACCACCAGGACCACCAGGACAGCCAGGAGCCCCAGGAACCCCAGGAGCCCCAGGACCAAAGGGAGACGACAACACCGCUACCUUCGCUCCACUGACCUGCGCCCCAGUCUCCCAAGAUUGCGUCAAGUGCCCACAAGGACCAGCAGGACCAGCCGGACCAUCAGGACCAGCCGGACCAGCCGGACCAGACGGACAACCAGGAUUCCCAGGACAACGCGGUAACGACGGAUUCCCAGGAGCCCCAGGAGCCCCAGGAGACAACGGACAACCAGGAACACCAGGACAAGACGGAUUCCCAGGACAGCCAGGAGCCGACGGACAACGCGGAUCUGGAGCUCCAGGAGCCCCAGGAGCCCCAGGAAACGCUGGACCAGCUGGACCAGCAGGACAAGAUGGAUUCCCAGGACAAGACGGAGCCCCAGGACCAGCCGGACCAGCUGGGCAAGACGGAUUCCCAGGAAAUGCUGGAUCCGAUGGACAGCCAGGAGCCCCAGGAGGACCAGGACUUCCAGGAAACGACGCCGCUUAUUGCGCUUGCCCACCAAGAUCCGCUGUUUUCCUUUCCCGCCAUUAAAUUUACUUUCAUUGUAUUCUCAAUACUUUCCAUGUCAUAAAAUAAAAUUUUUACUUUGU